AUGCCAGCGAAGCAAGGUGAUAGGGGUCGCCCUCGUCCCAGUCCUCCAUGUGACUUAGCCUCCCCACCCAGCAAGCGCCCACUCCAAGCGUGUUGGCCAACAAGCGUUGAGGCUCCACGCAGCGCAUUCGAUCACGAGCCCCCUAUACAGCCAGAUGCAAGUGAAAAUAAAGUCUCAAUCGGUCUGGUGUUGCUCACGCGCUGACCAAACCUCUCAGUCGUCUUCUACCUGCAACAGUCACCACCGUUAUGGGUCCCGCCGUCGCCCGCACCCUCGCAUUCGCCUCGAUCGUCAUCGUCCCCGCGCUCGCGCCCGCCCGCGCCAGCAGCACUUUCGCUAUCAUCCGGGUCCUGCUGUUCGUCGUCGUCGCGCUCGUCGUCGCGCUCGUCGUCGCGUUCGUCGUCGCACUCACCAUCGCAGUCGAACGUGCGCCAAGAUCGCGGCAAGGCUCAGGCCGACGACGAGGUCCCACGCUCUCCGUCGUCGCCGAGCAUGGCGCGCUGUCCGACGACGGCAAGCGGCGCCCACUCCUCCCACCAUCAUCGUGACGAGCGUGACCAUUUCAAUCACUCGCAGAUGAUGCCUGCGACCGCGAGCAAUCCGGCGCGCGAAAGUGUGAUCGAAGCUCUUAUUUCGCCUGCGCUGGACUGCGAAGACGACCAAUUCUUCAUCGAAGAGGAGAUCGUUCCACGCGUCGUUGUGUGCGAUACCCCGGGUUUGGUGUAUUCGAUCAGUCGGAUGGAGCAAGCACGGUUCAAGGCACGCGUGCAAGAAGUUCAGAAGCGCCCCAAGCGCGUCCUGAGCAGGUUGAGGGACGAUUUCAAACGCGACUGCCAACGACCUGCGAGCCAAACAAAGGCAGAUUGGGUAUGGCCACUUGCAAAAUAUGCAAGCAUCCUCCAACCAGGGCUAUCCGGAUUAUGCGUGGCUCACGAAGACGCUAAUUGCUGCCACCGCUGUCCGGUUUUCGAACUACUAGGCGAGUUCCGCUGGCGGACAACAGAAGAGUUUGACGAUUGCACGAGCGCAAGAACACCCUCGAUUGACUCAAGAAGGUGCACACCACAAGGAUUUCAAACGUUCUCAACCUCACCAUUUCCUGACGUGCUGUGAGCAGAUGGCCGUGAAGAAGAAAGGGCCCGCCGCACGUGGUAUGCUUGUCCCAAUUCGUUUCGGCGUGCCUCCGCAGGGGGCCCAUGCCAAGCGAACCGCGUGCGUCUCGUCUCCCCUCGUCGACCUCGUUCUCGACUUGGCGCAGCAUGCACUCAGUCAACCAACCCGCGUGUAUGCGCCGGGCCUGGCCAUCACCGAUACCAAGGCUUACCUUGUCGUGCUCGACCAUGAGGCGUGUCGGAUCGCGGCCAUCGCGGAUUGCUGGGGUGAGCGCUUUGGCGAGUUGGGGGUCGUCCUUUCCAUUAUGUUUGGCCUGGAUGUCUACUCGGCAGGGUUCAACCCGCUCUUCCGCUACGCAUGCCAUUUCCAAAUCGGCAUCACCCCAGCGUCAUUUUUGGCUUCUUGCCUUCGUCCGCCUGAGCUUGAAGAGGGAGCUCCUCUCGUUGGCCGCACCGUCGAGUUCAUCGACGAGGAACCCAUCGAGCUCGUCCAUCCCACACUCACGGACGGCGGGUCCAUCUUCAGCCGCAGCACGGUCGUUUUGCAGCUGACCCGACCAAGCUUGAUCGCGCCGGCGGGCUCGGCAUCUUCGCCGUCAAACUCCACACCGUCCUUUGUGCUCAAGAUUCAAUACAAUACGCUCAACUAUGUUGGUCACGAGGCGAACGUGCUGCAAAAGAUUGAGGAGCGUUGCGCAUCCAUCGCGUCGCAGGAAGAGUCGUCACUGAUCUUCAACCACAUCGCUCUUCUCGAAAAGCCGAAGUCGUUCGGCCUUCAUUACUCGCAAAUACAGGACAAAGACUUGCCAGUGCUUCGAGACGGGCAAGAUGCCUAUCAGCGAGUGCGACGACGCAAGCUGGACCUCCUCAUUCUUCGCAACCCCACUCCUCUACCUACCCGGGUCCACGGGCACCGACAUUGUCGCCACCCGUUAAGCGACGCCUUCCAUGUCUUGGGCCGGCUUUUUACAUUGCUGCCGAUCCUCUACGAUCUCGGUAUUCAUCAUCGCGACUUGUCGCUCGGCAACAUCCUCCACCACCGAGGACACCUUGUUCUGGUCGACUGGGACUCGGGCAUCGUUGCGCCGCCGGGUGUACGGGUUCGCAACGUUGCCGAGGAUUGUGGGUCCGUCAGAGUCACCCUGGACACGGCACCUUCGGACGUGCUCCUCUGGCUCCUCAUGGGUCGGGAGAGGACUCUGGCGUUUCGCAGUCUUCAGGACGACCUCGAAUCCGCGGUCUACUGGUUUGUGCAAGUCGUGGGCUCAUUUGCCGAGUUUUUGAGCCCGCGAACUUGGGAAGCAUGGAAGCCGCUCUAUCUAGCGUCGACCUGCGCGCUACCGGGCUGGAAGCACCUGUUCAAUGCACGCCUGGAUCUGUGGGGCAGCGUCCUUGAUCGUAGUCCACGACGCCGAUAUCUUCUGGAAGCUCUGCACAAGCUCAGUCCGCGGGAAUGCCGAUUGGUCAACAUGCUCACCCUCAAACUGCCUGACUUUCCCCAGAGUCCGGACGGCAUUGUGAGGACCAAAGCAAUGAUAGCGAUGAUGCAGACCAAGAUGAGAGAGAUCCUUGGAUAUCAGUCUCGCUCGUAG